CGAGCACAUGCGUAUCUCUCUAACCAACACAGCUUAUUCCACACAAUCUAUGACACUACUCAUAGAGAGACGGUCAAUGUCGUGCAUGGUCAGGGUAUCUUCGCAAUAUCACUUCGAUUGGCUGCUGUAGACUAUCUUGGGCUGCAAACCUCCUACGCCUUUCCGCAACGACAACCAGAUUUGUCGAUUUCAAAGUCCCUAGCCGAAAGGCGCCUUGUGAGGCUGACGAGCGGAUCUAUAUUCUGGACGACUUGGAAGCCAUAUUGAAGGAAUUCAUUGACGAUACACGCCGCGUUGAUUUCACUUUCUUCCCAAGCCGCAGAGCAAGACGACGGGUACUAGCUCGACACGCAUGAAAGUGAGGUGUGGUCAUCCACCACCUAUCUACAGUUCUCCAGGCUAGCCUUGGAUAAUGUCGCUCGAUCAUCCUUUGGAGCGCAUUAUCAUCAUAGGUUCUGGAGUUACCGGCCUCACUGUUGCGAACCUCAUGCGAACCGAGUUCCCUCGAGCAGACAUCACUAUCAUAGCAGCCGAAACACCGACAACAGCAUCCCCAUCCGCAGACUAUGCGUCAAUGUGGGCAGGCGCGCAUUACCGGCCGAUUCCGCGCUCAUCGCACCAGCUCGAGCAAGAAUUUGACAUGGCCCUGCGCACGGCAGAGAUCAUGAAAGAGAUCGCAAAAGUUGCGUCCGAAGCCGGCGUCAAACUCAUGCCAGGCGUUGAAUAUCUGGAGGAUCCACCCGAGGCAGUCCUGUCCCUGAAGACGGGUGACAUGUAUGCUGGGCCGGAUGAUGAGUUCCGCGUUCUGGAGCAGGAAGAACUACCCCUUGGAGUCAGAUGGGGCUGCGAGUAUCAAAGUUAUUGCAUCAAUGUUCCGGUGUACAGCAGGUGGCUUCUUGAUCGCUUCCUGGCGAGUGAUGGGCGAGUCGUCAAGCAUCGCUUAACAAGUGCGGCUGAAGCGUUCGAGUUCGCCGAGAAGAACGGUCUGGGAAAGGUCUCGACGAUCGUAAACUGCUCUGGUCGAAAUUUCGAUCGAGACGGCAAGGUGAAAAUCAUCCGCGGUCAAACUGUGCUGGUAAGACAGGAAUAUGGCAAGACGGUGACUAGGCAAAAUCAUGAUGGGACUUGGUCGUUCCUGAUUCCGCGGCCGCUCCAUGGUGGGACCAUUAUCGGCGGGACGAAAGAGAUUGGUGACAUGGAAGAGCGACCUAGGCCACAAACCAGGAAGGAACUCCUUCGGCAAUCUGUAAAAUACUUCCCUGAUUUCGUCGACUCAGUGGAGAAGUUUGAUGUUGUCAAAGACAAUGUCGGCAGGAGGCCAUGGCGUGAAGGCGGUUAUCGGAUCGAGGUUGAGUCCAUUAACAGGGACAAGAAGAUUCUGCACGGGUAUGGUGCCGGUGGUCGAGGAUAUGAGCUGAGCUGGAGUGCUGCUGAGAAGAUAGUCGCACUCGUCAAGCAGGCCACCUUUAUCGGACCCAAGCUGUAGAAGACAUAGUCCGGCAGAAGUCGACGCCCUUCGAAGUCCAAUCAAGGAGUAUACGCCCUCGCAGGCAGUCCGAUGCCGUUGCUGGGAACUCAUUUCUUCUUGA